AUGGCAAUUGGAGAUGAAAUUCCAGCUGGAACCAGCACAAACUCAACCGCCAAAACCAUCGAUCAUCAUCAUCCUCUGUUUCUGCAGCCAAGUGACAUACCAGGUAGUUCCUUGAUUUCAAUUCAGCUAACUGGAAGUGAGAAAUAUGCAGUAUGGAGUAGAUCUAUGAAAAUAGGAUUGAUAGGAAAGAGCAAAUUAGGGUUCGUUGAUGGACGGUACACUAAGGAUAAGUUUGAUCAGUCAUUGCAUGAACUAUGGAAAAAAUGUAAUGCAAUAGUUUUGUCUUGGAUCAUGAAUGUUGUGAGCAAGGAAUUGCUUAGUGGUAUUGUGUAUAAGUCAAGUGCACAUAAAGUGUGGACAGAUUUGAAGGAUAAAUAUGAUAAAGUCGAUGGAUCUCUCAUAUUUUUUCCGCAUAAGAAAAUUACAACUUUGUCGCAAGGAAUCUCUACUGUGUCCGCCUAUUUCUCACGAUUGACAGAUUUAUGGGAAGAAUAUGAUGCCUUGAUGCUAUGUCUUGGAUGUGACUGUCCAGAAUCUAAGAGCUACUCGGAGCAUUUCGAAUAUCAGAGAUUGCUACAAUUUCUGAUGGGCCUGGAUGAGACAUAUGCACAAGCUAGGAGUCAGAUUUUAAUGAUGAACCCAAUACCUUCUGUCAACAAGGCCUAUUCUAUGGUUGUUUCUGAAGAAAGUCAUAGAAAUAUGGGAAAAUCUACACAGACAUUAGACAUGGGAGAUAGUACAGCAUUAUUCACUAACAAAGGAGGCAGAAAUACAGGAAACACAUAUAAGCCUAGAAGAAACAAUCUAUUUUGUGACUAUUGUAACUAUAAAGGUCAUACAAGAGAAACAUGUUACAAACUUCAUGGCUAUCCAAAUAACUUCAAAGCAAGAAGAAAAGCCAAUAAUUUUCCACAAAGACCAAUGGUUAACACCACGAAUGAAGGACAACAGUAUAUGGGAAAGGCAACAGCAAAUGCAAAAGACACAGGUGACAAUUCACAGCAUUUUGCAGGUACGACCAAGGUAACUACAUUAGCUGACAAGUCAAAAGGUGAAAACUGGAUAGUAGACUCUGGUGCAAUCAAUCACAUGGUUCACACCAGAGAAUUACUUGACAAGAUUAAUACAAAUAGCUUAAAGUUUGACUCUAAGGUUCAUUUACCUGAUGGUACAUCACUAAAUAUUGCUUGUACUGGAGAGAGUAGGAUUGGUGAAUGUGGUGUUAUCAGGAAUGACCUUCACAAUGGGAAAGUGAAGGAGAUUGGUAACGAGCUUGAAGGAUUGUAUAAUCUGCAGAAUAAGCAGGAUAAAGCCAAGGCUGCAACUGUGCAAUCACGUGAUCAUUCCAUAGUAGAAGAGGAUCUAGGGGUCUGGCAUGGGAGACUUGGACAUGCCCAUGAUAAAGUGGUGAAGCAAAUCCCAAACAUGAAGUUCAAAGUAAACAAUGACAGAAUAAAAGAUUGCACAAUAUGGCCACUAGCUAGACAAGGAAGAUUGCCAUUUCCAAAGAGUACAAGCAGAUCUAAUAAGCCUUUUGAGCUGAUUCAUGUAGAU